AUGGGAUGGUGCCCAAGAAAGGUAGAUGACCAAUUCGUUCCUUGUCUUAUUUGUUCGAGCGCUGGGCUGAAUGCUUUGGAGAACAAUACUGCUGAUCCGAACUGGCAACCCCCAAACAUCGUAUUGCUUGUCGGUGGGACCCGAUUUGGUGGGUUGUGGCCCGCUGCUGGUCUAUCAAGCAGCAGCGCCUUGGUGGUGGCCUCCGCCAUCGCAGUGAUGCACGCAUCUGGGCUGCAAAUUGAUCGACUCGCUUUGGCUGACCUGUGUGCUCGUUGCGAACGAUACAUCGGAAUACAAGGUGGUGGCAUGGACCAAGCGGCAAGUUUGCUGGGAACGGAAGGCUGUGCCAUUUUAGUCGAGUUCACAAAGCCAUUCGUUACCGUCCACCCCGUCCCUCUCCCUCUCAAUCUGGUGUUUGUGGUUGCACAUUCGGGUGUUCACGCACGAAAGGCUGCCACCUCGAUGUACAACCAACGUGUGUCCGAAUGCCGUAUCGCAUCCAAAAUAUUGACUAAGAAUUCACCUCGUCCAAAUCUAGUUCAUGAUGCUCACCCGCUUUGUCUUCAAGAUGCCCAACACGCUUGGGGUCUACCAAAACCUGGGCUUAUGCUCACCAAAGGGAAUUCCACGCUUCCCUCCGUUGUGGACCGCUUCUUGAAGCCAGGAGCACUUACGCGUGACGACAUCGCAGCGAUCCUGGAUGACGAUGAAAUCGACGCGUGUCUCGUGCCUUCUACAGCCAACAUGGAGAAGUUUCACUUACUGGCACGCGCCGUGCACGUCUACUCCGAGGCUGAACGAACAAUGCAGUUCUACCAACUGUGUCGGUCGUUCUCCAUUGCAGGAGACACUUUGGACACUCCUGAGCUUCCUCGUCAACUUGGCGAUUUGAUGAAUGAGAGUCAUCAGUCAUGUGAUUCCAUGUACGACUGCUCUUGCCCGGCGCUCAACGAGUUGACCUCUGUUUGCAGGUCGGGAGGUGCCCUUGGAAGUCGCCUAACUGGAGCCGGCUGGGGAGGAAGCACUGUUUCGCUCAUUCCGAAAGAUAAGGUUGCCGACUUUAUUGAGCAUCUAAGGAGAGGAUAUUACGAAAAACGUGAUUUAGAAUGCGACAGUCUGGUUUUUGUCAGCAGACCCGGUCCCCCAGCAGGAAUCAUGCGCAUUUCAUAG